GUGUGUGUGUGUGUGUGCCCGAGUGACUGACAGUGAAAAUGUAUCUGUGCGUAUAUCCAUGUGAGUGCUCUUCCUGGGCUAUAUGGUCGCCUGUGCCAGAGCUUCUUCGAUUUCUUAACUAAGCUUUUCUGGAUGGUGUCCUCUCCCAUCACCUCGUUGAUUGAUUCCGCGAAGCUAAUGGUGCGUAAAAGCGCCAGUGAGAUCCGGGGCGCCUCCUAUCCUGACGUCAGGAAGAGAGUUUAAAAGGGGGGCGAUGCGCAAGGAGAUCCCACAAGCUGCUGCGGAAGACGAGAGGUGGGAAGCCCCGGCUCUGCCCUGUCCUUUCCUGAAGGUUCCAGAGUUUGGAGAGCUGCGCCGUCCUUGACCCCUCGGUGCAGGGAAGAUGCUGUCCUGCCGCCUCCAGUGCGCGCUGGCCCUGCUUUCCAUCACCUUGGCGGUGAGCAGUGUCAGCGCUGCUCCCUCGGACCCGAGACUCCGCCAGUUUCUGCAGAAGUCUCUGGCUGCCACAGCAGGGAAACAGGAAUUGGCCAAAUAUUUUUUGGCAGAACUUCUGUCAGAACCCAGCCAGACAGAAAAUGAGGCUCUGGAGCCAGAGGAAUUGACCCAGGAUGUGGAACCAGAAGAAAUGCGGAUGGAACUCCAGAGAUCUGCUAACUCGAACCCAGCCAUGACAACCAGAGAACGCAAAGCUGGCUGCAAGAAUUUCUUCUGGAAGACAUUCACAUCCUGUUAGCUUUAGAGAAUUCUUCUCACCCAUUUCAGACCUCUGAGUCCUCUCCUCUAAACCCCCACCUUUUCCCCAGUUCCCUGAAUCCUCAGCAAGACCAUCACAAUGAAAGCAGAUGAUUGUAAAUAUAAAACAAACAGUUAUGGUGAAAUUUAGAAGAAAAAAACAAAAAUUAAUUUCAGAUUGUUUUAUUGAACCUUUCCAUUUUAAGGUACAUGAUUAGCUUGGUUUGUGAUUUCAGACUAGUUCUUUACAGUAUACACUCCAACUCUCACAGAUGUUUUAUGUUGAAUUCUUUGUCACAAUAAAGUUUAUGUUGCAAAUUGUAACCCUUAUAUUUCGAUCAUUUACAACUGAGAUGCCUUUUUCAAGGAAAGUUAUGUCUUUAAACGUGCAUAUUUUGAGGAUUUCAGAUGGGGAGAUGCAGCAAAUGUCCCCAGUAAGUAAACCCCCCUAUUUCAAAUUGUGUUUCCCUGUCUAGCUUGUUGUUUGUAUUUCUAGGUAGGCAUGCUUGAAUACAUACCUGUCUACCAAGCUGUUAUGUGAAAUAUCCAAUGUUUAAAAUGUAGGUGGAUCUGCUUUGGAGGUCUGGGAACAGAACUUUCACCUGUGUAGUUCAAAUAAAAUUCUGCAAUUUCAAA